CCCUCUCUUUCUCGUAACGUUCUCUCUCCCUCUCGAUAUUUAUCGGCCGAAAUCUCUCGUUCCGAUCCGCCCCCAUCCCCUUUGAUUCCAAUCCAACACGAAGGGAAGCGAGAAAAGAGGAGAAACCUCUCUCUCUUGCCCUCUCCUUUAGUCUUUUCCUUCUUCUUCGUCAGCAGCAGACAACGAGGGCGAGGACUGAGAGACCUAUAAGGAGUGCUGGACCGGAAGCAGAUCGGUGCGUCCGAGUAGCUCCGGCGGAGGAGGAUCCGAUCAUACAAUGGCACCCAGCAUCAGGAAGGCUCUGGGGGCAGUGAAAGACCAGACCAGCAUUGGCCUGGCUAUGAUGUCCAGUAACGUGGCCCCUGAGCUCGAUGUGGCCAUCGUCAAGGCGACGAGUCACGACGACGAGCCCGCCGACGAGAAGUACCUGAGGGAGAUCCUCAACAUGACAUCCUACUCCGGCAGUUACGUCAUUGCCUGCGUCGCUUCUGUAUCGAGGAGGCUCGCCAAAACGCGCGACUGGGUCGUGGCCCUCAAGGCGCUCAUGCUCGUCCAUCGUCUUCUCACUGAUGGGGAUCCUGCGUUCCAACAUGAGAUUCUCUAUGCCAACCGCAGGGGUGCCCGCCUCCUCUGCAUGUCCCAUUUUUGCGACGAGGCACACUCCAAUUCCUGGGACCAUUCUACGUUCGUCCGCACCUACGCUCUUUAUCUGGAUCGACGCCUGGGAUGGAUGGGUUACGAAACGAAGCGAGGCGGUGGUAACCAGAGAUCUCCGCUGCCAGAUCCAUAUGCCUACGGAAAUUAUGUGAGCUCCUCAUACUCAUCUUCUCCGGGUAAUGGCAAUGGCGAGUACAGAGGAAGGCGGAACAGGGAAGACAAGAAGCCGCGGACACCGCUGAAGGGCAUGAAGCCAGAGAGUGUUCUGGGGAGGAUGCACGAGUUGCUGAACGUGCUCGAUAGCUUCCUCGGCUGCCGCCCCAGAGGCAAUGCACAGCACAGCAGGAUUAUCCUCGUCGCGCUCUAUCCUCUCCUCAGUGAGAGCUUCCAGCUAUAUGCUGACAUAGCCGAGAUAUUAGCCAUACUUCUCGACGGCUUCUUCGACAUGGACUACCAUGACUGCGUCAAGUCGUUCGAGGCCUACGCUCGUGCCGCCAAGCUGAUCGAUGAACUUUGUGUCUUCUAUGCCUGGUGCAAGGACACAGGAGUAGCCAGGUCGUCGGAGUACCCAGAGGUGGAGCGCAUCACCGACAAGCUUCUGGAGUUACUGGAAGAGUUCACGAGGAACAGAGCGACGAGGACGAGGAGCCCCCCUAGAGAGGCCCUCCCUGCUGCGCCCACGGAGACCAGGGACGAAGAACCCGAAGAAACCAUGAACAGCAUAAAAGCUCUUCCAGCGCCUCCCGAUUACGAGGAAGAGGCGCCGGAGCCAGCAAAGGUCGCAGCGGAACCUGUCGAGCAGCAAGGCGACCUGGUGGAUCUUAGAGAUGAUAGCGCGUCCGCUGUGGACAAUCUCGAACUGGCUCUUUUCCAGGCCCCGGUGGCAGCUAAUGGCUCCGAUGGUUCCUGGGAAGCAUUCCCAUCAUCCGAUGGCGAGACAGGAGUGACCUCCGCGUGGCAAAACCCUGCAGCCGAAAGAGGGAAAGCAGACUGGGAGAUGAUGCUCGUGGAGACAGCCAGCAAUCUCUCGAAGCACAAGGCAACAUUAGGCGGAGGCUUCCAUCCAUUGCUACUGAACGGCAUAUACGAUCAAGGGGCGGUGAGGCAACACGUAAACGCCCAGGCAAGUGGAGGGAGCGCGAGCAGUAUGGCCUUGCCUGGGCCUGGACGAGGCGGCACCCCUCCCGUGCUCGCCCUUCCUGCACCUGAUGGCACCGUGAAGACCAUUGGGCAGGACCCAUUCGCGGCGUCGCUUAGCAUCCCUCCGCCUCCCUUCGUGCAGAUAGCAGACGCGGAGAAGAAACGGCAGCUGCUGCUACAGGAGCAGGUCAUGUGGCAGCAGUAUGCCAGGGAUGGGAUGCAGGGCCAGGCCGGCUUAGCUAACAAGCCCAACAGCAACUUCAUGCCCAACCCCGCAAUGCCAUACGGGAUGCCAUCAGCUUUUGAUGGUACUGCAGGUGGAUACUAACUAUUACCCGACCCACUGAAUUCUGUUCCUUGCUUUCUCUUUUUCUUGGACCAGCCAGCCAACCACCAUUUGUAUCAGUGUCCUGAGGUUUGUGAGUGAGUAGCUUAUGAUGGUAUGUUUUCCGCCAUCUCUCCUUUAAUCGAGAAAGGUUGUUAACAGAUCAA